AUGGAUUCUGAGGGCGCGUCUGCAACCACACCAGCGGCCACGAUCGCCCAAUCUUCAUCUUCAUCAACCACGACCAGCAUACCCGCGCAUCCGCUGCUCACACUCCAGGCCCUUAAUGCGGGACCUUCAUCCAUACCCACCCCCGUCUCGGUGCCACCAUCGACCGUUGCAUCAGCGCUGCCGACGCCAGUGACGGCAACGGCGAGUUCGACGGGCGUAUCGGCCGAAGGCCCCGAGAAUGGAGGCGAGGCGAUGGAGCUGGAGAGCCCCCAUCCAUUUCAAGCGCGAGAGGAGCGAUACGACGAACUCUGCCGCAGCCUCAAUCUCGAUGAAGAGACGCGCAAAAUCGGCUGGUCCCUCCUGCGCCGACUCACGCUCAAGGCCGGCCAGCAGGAUGAGGAGCGGUUCGUGCUGUGCAUGGCCGCGUGUGCUCUCUACGUAGCGGGCAUGCCCGAGCAGCGCACGCCGGCCCUCAAUCUCGAUGAAGAGACGCGCAAAAUCGGCUGGUCCCUCCUGCGCCGACUCACGCUCAAGGCCGGCCAGCAGGAUGAGGAGCGGUUCGUGCUGUGCAUGGCCGCGUGUGCUCUCUACGUGGCGGGCAUGCCCGAGCAGCGCACGCCGGCGUCCACGACCUCUGGCGGCAGCUGCGUCUCACUCACCCAGCUCCUGCGCGCCACCCACAUUCGGCUGGUGGAUUUCUUCGACCCGCUGAAGGCCUUCAUAGCCAAUCUCAAGCUGGGCGCGGCGUACGAGGAGCAGCUGCUGCAGCUCGAGCGCAAGUUCUGCGUCAUCUGCAUCCUCUACCGCAAGUACGAGAAGGAGUUCUUCCAGGUCUUCCGCAUAACCGACAUACAGCCCGGCUCGCCCGACAGCCCAUACUACGCUCUCUUCUCCUUCGGCUGGGUGCUCUUCCUGGUGGCCAAAGGUAAAUUGCUGACGUCGCCGCCGGACCUCAUAACGGCGUUCCACCUGUUGCUGUGCUGCGUCCAAUUCGUGGCCACCCACGCCGCGCCCGAGACCAAGUCCACGCUGACCGGAACGAGCGGAGAGGUCGCCCUCGCCGCCCUCUGCAAACAGAGCGGCGCCAGCCUUGCCGAGGUGGUGCGGCUGGAGGCCGAUCUCUUUGCGCCGUUCCUGCAAAGCUGGAAGGACUCCAACGUGCUCGGCGCCACCGGCGACUCGCUGGCCUUUGACCGGCCCACACUCAAGCGUUGGUCCACCAUGAUGGCGCGAGACUAUGAGAUCAUGUUUCACAGCCAGGGCGACUUUGACGAACGGCUGUUCCUCACGGCGCCCCAGGAGGUGGGCACGCCCUCCCGCGUGGGCGAGAACUACGGCCACUACUACGACUACGACAAGGGCGUCGUCAAGCCUGCGGCGGCGGCCGCCACCUCGACCUCGACCACCACCUCCGCCGCCACCGCCCAGCCGACCACUCCCUCCGCGUCAUCAUCGUCUGUGUCGACAUCAUCGACAUUGGGGGGCGGCGGUGGUUACCCGACCACGCCCGGCGGAUCGGCCGCCGCGCCGCCGCGAACGCCGAUGCGGGCGGCCCUGAGCGCGGUGGCCUGGCUCAAGUCCACCCUCGAACACACCCAGGCCGCGCCCUCCCCCGUGCUGCGCAAAUUCUUUGCCGCCUGCGAGAACAAUCCCGCCGAGGAGAUCGAGGCGCGGGUUGCCAAGUACUCGGGGCUGGUGCCGUUCGGGGAGGGCGAGGAGGGCCAGCAGCGGCGGGAGCUGGGCAUCAAGCUGUACUACAAGAUCCUCGAGGCCAUGCUCCUGGCCGAGGAGGAGCGCCUCAAGCGCGCCUCCGUCUCCUCCGACUUCUCCACUCUCCUCCGACACGACUCCUUCCACAGGUCGUUGCUGGCGUGCUGUUUUGAGGUGAUAGCGUAUUGCUACAAGAUCAUCGACCUGGCCUUCCCCAAGCUCCUCUCCCUCUUCCACAUCCACGCCUUUGACUUCUUCAAGCUCAUCGAGUCGGUGAUUCGGUACGAGCGAACGCUGCCGGUGGGGGUGACGCGGCAUCUGGGCCACAUCGAGGAGACGAUCCUCGAGAGCGUCGGGUGGCAGGAGGGCUCGCCCGUCUUUGCCCUCCUCGCCGACCCCGCCAAGGUCCGCGACCUCCUCGCCCUCUUCAGGCGCCCCACCCAGGGUGGGGCCAAGGAGUUCAUGGCCUCGUCGGCGCUCUCGCCACCGUCGCCUGCGCCCAACAUGCUCGUCUCCCCCGCACGGCCCACGGCACCGGCCACCCCCGGGCGAGGCGGGAUGGGUGGGUCGUGGCACUCGCUGUGCCUGUUCUACCGGAAGGUGCUGGGGCAGGCCAGCCGGCGGUGCUGGAGCCUGUGCGCGGCCAUCGGCCUCCGCCCGGAGGUGUUCGACCAGGUGUGGCGGGCCACCAUCGAGCUCCUGAUCUCCCACGCCAACUUCAUCAAGGGAAGGCAUUUGGAUCAGAUCAUCCUGUGCGUCAUCUACGGCGUAUCACGGGUGAACAAGGUGAAGGACGUGGCGUUCCGAGGCAUUCUGGAGCACUACCGAAAACAGCCCCACCGCAAGCCCGCGGCCGAGGUCUACCGCGCCGUGCCCCUCAACGAGCCCGGCGAGAAGGGCGACAUCAUCAAGUUCUACAACUUUGUGUUCAUCCCGCAGCUCGAGUCGUUCCUGCUCCAGUUCCAGGCGGCGCCCUCGUCGACGACCUCCAUGACCAGCUCGCCGCUGCCGCCCCUCUCCCCGCACCCCACCGGUGGUGGUGCCCCCUCCUCUGGCUCGGGCUCGGUGCUGGUCUCGUCGUCGUCCGGUUCCUACGCGCUGGCCCAGUCGCCCGUGCGGGUCGCGGCGUCGAACGUCUACCUCUCGCCCAUGCACCCGUCGUCUGGCCCGCGCUCGCUCACCCACCCCUCGUCCUCGUCGUCGUCAUCGACCUACAGCUUUGGCCUCAGCCCCUCCACCAAAGAGCUGCACGCGAUCAAUGCGACGCUCAACUCGCCGGUGCGACCGGUCAAGCGAGAACGGGAGCCGCGGCGACUCCUCUUCCCCGGCGGGGCCGGCGGCGAGCCCGCGCCCGCGCCCGAAGGCGACGGCUCCGCCCUCCGACGAAAGCUCUCUGAACUCGCGUCGGCAGCAGCGAUCUGCGCGGGCGGCGAGGGCGAACAGCCGACGCCGACGACGCCGACGGCGGCAGCAGCGCCGACACCGGCAGCAGCGGAGGGCAGCCCGCGGCAGGCCAAGAGGCGGAGGCGCGACACCGCCGGCAGCCAAGACAACUCCACCGGCGGCGACGGCGACGGCGACAAGGAGGGCAGCGAAGGUGCUUCUCCGUCGAGUGAAUGA